UCAACUACCGGUAGGCAAAAUAGAGUCAACUAGGCAAAAUAGAGGCUACUAGUAAAAACUCGCCACAAACCUUUAAUUCGGAAUUUCGCCAAAGUAGGGUGAAUGUGGACAACAUGCAACAGCUUUACGUCGCAUGGGGGCGACGUUGGCUCCGAAGGCAAAUCAGACAGACCUUCAAAGUAGAAUCUAUCGCAUGACUCCGUUUCACCAAUCAAACAGAGCCAGGCGGUCACAUGAUUAACUGCACAUAAAGUUUCAGCUUACAUGAACUCAACGUCAAAUUUGAGGAAGCACAUCGCGCGCAGAUAGAAUGAAUGUGGAUUCUAAAGGGGAACCUUCCAGUGCAGGCAAUGAUAUUUGCCUUAAACACUUUGGAAAAGGAGACCAAGGUUCCAGAAAGUCUUAAUUUUCCAAUACAACUCAAGAGACCUUCACGCUUGAUGGAGCGCUGGUUGCCAUCGGCUUCGGGCGGUUGCAGUGGAAAAUUGUAUUUCUCACUGGUUUUUCAUGGGUGGCAGAUGCCAUGGAGAUGAUGAUCCUCAGCAUCCUGGGGCCCAAGUUGCAUUGUGAUUGGAGGUUGCCCAGCUACCAAGUAGCCCUCAUCACAUCGGUGGUGUUCAUCGGGAUGGGCUUCAGUUCACCUAUAUGGGGCAAUUUGUCUGACAGCUACGGUAGGACAAAGGGGCUGACCAUGUGCACAUGCUGGACUCUUUACUACAGCUUACUGGGUGCCUUUGCGCCUAAAUUUGGCUGGAGUUUUGGCCUCGUAGGAUUCAGCAUUGGAGGAGCACCUCAAUCGGGAGUUUUAUAUUUUAAUAUGGAUGUUUUUUUUGUUUUUCUUUUAAAAGCUAGCAUUAACUGUACGCUUGUUUCCAGGGUGACUCUGUACUCCGAAUUCCUCCCGUCGAAUGCGAGAGGCCUCUCCAUCAUCCUUAUAGCGGUACUUUGGUCGCAUCAUGUGCAGCACUUUGAACAUGUCUGUUACGACGCACACGCAGUCUGCUUCUCCCUCCUCGGCGGGAGCACCUAGAACCUCCGCUGUGAGCUCCGCAAGACACGCCCCCACGCUUGCCGCGCAGACCGCGCCCACGCGCCGCCACAGCCGGAAGCUAUCAGCAGUCAGCGCACCUGGACCUGAUGAGAGGGAGCUGAAUAAAGGACCAGUGGACCCAAGGAUCCUGUGCCCUCCCGAGUUUUGCCCUUGGUGAUUCUUCCGUUGUUUUCCCCUGUGGAUUUUGGACUGCCUUCCUCGAUCCUUGACCCUCGCCCGGACACGGACCUUGUCACUCCUCUCCUGCCCUGGAUCACCUGCCUGCCCCACGGACUGCCUGGUUCCUUCGCUCUCAACACUUGAUCAUCUUCAAGCCGCUUUCUGACAGUCGCUCCAGGAUGCGCCGUUUUGUGGGCGGUCUUAUUUACGUGGCUCGACUUCGACAGCGUCUUCUCCCUGUCAUCUUUGUUGUAGCGGUGUAGCGUGCAAGGACGGGAGUGGAAGAAGUGUCAAAAGAUGGAGCUAACUGUUUUAAUAACAUUUAGACUUUACUUCAAUCAAUAACGGAGCAGCAUCUCCUCAUCCAGAAACAACCCCUGAAAAACCGCCCAACCGGAACUCUCUAAUAACUAAAGUUCCUUGGGUGAAUAAUGUAAACUCACUAUACCGAAAUGGCAACAGCGAAGGAUGAAUGUCCCAUAACAAGAAGAUAGAGAAAACGAAGAAGCUUAUCGACUAUGACGUCGGCACGGACUACAAAGGCGGACGCCCACAAUUUUUCAGGAUUUAUGCAGAUCCCAAAUACAGAUCAGCAGGUACCAGAAGCAAUGACACCGCCAUGGCUCUGCGUGUUCGCUCCCAGGCGCCGGGUCUCUGCUAGGACUCUCCUGGUCAUCCGUCCAGGGAAGCGACGUGCAGGCCGAGUCUGACUCGGCGGUUUUUUUUUUGUUUUUGUUUUUUUUCUCUCUCCCCUCUCUCCUCUUCCUCCCCGGUGACAGCAGAGGCGGUCAGCGGCGCAUCUUCCCACAUCCUCCUCUUCCUCCUCCUCCUCGACCAUGGCCCUGGUGACUCUGCAGCGCUCUCCCACCCCCAGUGCAGCAUCUUCGGCCAGCACCGCCAACAGCAGUGCGGGGGAGGAUUUUGGAAGUGAUGAAGACCGCAAAAAUAACCAAUGCCUCAACGAGAGCUUCUUCAUGGUCAAAGGCGCCGCCCUCUUCCUCCAGCAGGGCGGCAGCUCAGACGCACCCAGCACCCCCACCCACCACAAACAUGCGGGUGACUUACCUCAACACUUACAGGUCAUGUUUAAGAUCCUGCGCUCAGAAGAUCGCAUAAAGCUAGCUGUGCGGCUGGAAAGCGGCUGGUCGGAGCGAGUUCGAUACAUGGUGGUGAUCUACACCAGUGGCCAUCAGGAUACGGAGGAGAACAUCCUCCUGGGAAUGGAUUUCACUAACAAAGACAGGAAAAGCUGCUCCAUCGGGAUGGUGCUGCCCCUGUGGAGCGACACCAACAUCCACUUAGAUGGCGAUGGAGGCUUCAGUGUGAACACAGCGGGGCGCUCACAUGUCUUCAAGCCUGUGUCGGUGCAGGCCAUGUGGUCUGCCCUGCAGGUGCUCCACAAGGCAUGCGAGGUGUCGCGCCGCUUGAACUACUUCCCGGGUGGCAUCGCUCUCACAUGGAUGGCCUUCUACGAGAGCUGCGUGGCGUCAGAGCAGAGCUGCAUCAACGAGUGGAACGCUAUGACUGACCUGGAGACCACCCGGCCAGAUUCCCCCACCAUGUUUGUGGACCGGCCGACUGAAAGGGAGCAAACUGAGUGUCUCAUUAAAGCCAAGCUACGCAGCAUCAUGAUGUUUCAAGACUUGGAUAACAUCACUUCCAAGGAGAUCCGCACGGAGCUGGAGAAGCACAUGAGUUGUAACCUGACCGAAUACAAGGAGUUCAUUGAUAACGAGAUGCUGCUGAUCCUGGGACAGAUGGACAAGGCUACACUCAUCUUUGACCAUGUCUAUUUGGGCUCGGAAUGGAACGCUUCCAACCUAGAAGAACUGCGUGAUUGUGGAGUGGGCUAUAUUCUAAACGUGACCAGAGAGAUUGACAACUUCUUCCCAGGGAUGUUCUCCUAUCACAAUGUCCGCGUUUACGACGAGGACGACACCGACCUGCUGGCCCACUGGAACGACACCUACAACUUCAUUGUCAAAGCCAGGAAGAACAGUUCCAAGUGCCUGGUGCACUGUAAGAUGGGCGUGAGCCGCUCCGCUUCCACUGUUAUCGCCUACGCUAUGAAGGAGUACGGCUGGCCCCUGGAGAAAGCGUACAACUUUGUCAAGCAGAAACGAGGCGUCGCUCAGCCCAACGCCGCUUUCAUGAGGCAGCUGGCGGAAUAUGAGGGAAUUUUGGACGCGAGUAAGCAGCGGCACAACAAGCUAUGGAGGCCAGGAAGCGAUGAGGACGGCUCAGACGAGCGUCCGUCUUCCAGCCAGUGUUCAGGCCAGGAGGGAGAGGAGGAAGCCUGGGGGGGCUGUGAGGCGUCUCCCUGCAGAGGUCUGGAGAUGGAACCCCUGGACUCCCUCAACUACAACUACUACUUCAGACGCCUGUCGGACUCGGCCUUAGACAGCGAGCCCUCCACCCCAGUGCGGGGCCCGCCUCUCCUCGGCAUGGAGAGGGUCUUCAUCGAGAUCGAAGACGUGGAGCGAGACGCCCUCCUGGAGGACGAGGGCUUCCCCAUGGCUCAUUUGGCGUUGCCGGGCGAGGGCACGGCCGCGCAGACGUGCGGGCGCCUCGACCCCCUGGAGGACAUGAGGCUGAGGCUGGAGUUCAGCACGCUGGAGGAGGAGGACGAAGAAGAGGCCAAGAAGGAGGAGGCGGAGAUGGCCGCCCUCGCUCAAGCCUCCGCUCAUUCCGAGGGGAAGAGAGCCGGGGAAGAAAGUCGGUUAGGCUUCGCCAACUUGAACACCAACAACAGCAACCGGCUAGCUGCCAAGCGCAGCUGCCCGGCUGCCUUUGACGACAGCGCGAGCACAGGCAACCCUUUAAAAGUCAAACCCUCCUACCAGUCCUGUAAAGACUGCCUUCGUCUACCACAAGGCCGGCGCUGCGAGCGUCCGGCGGGGGGGCGAUCCCACCGCCUCAACCCGUCUCGCCACUGCACCCUCCCCACCAUCUGCAUAGACCCUCCUGGAACCAUUUUCACUUCCAGUCCACUUGUCUCCAGCAGCCACUUUUACCGCUGUUCCCCCACCACCGUCCCGCUGGACAACCGUCAGAAAGUGGUGUCGCCCAUGAGCUGCCAAGACCCGACACACGUGUCAGUAGAGACUAUGGAUGAAGCCGAGGUGGAGGGACAUACUGGAAAUCCAGCAGAAAUCCAUUGAGGCGAGCAAAUAUCGCAUGGAACUGGAGAAUCUGCCAAAUUGGACACAAAGGGAUCGGCUGCUGCCUCGACUGAGUAGCCUGAGCACGGGCAACAGAGCGGACUGUCCUGGCUUUGAAGCUGCAGGAGCUCUUUAAGGAGCACCGAGUCAGACUGGGACCAAAAGUCCUUCUGGAAACUGAGGAUCUUGAGGAUUAUUACAAACAGGAUGGAUGCUGGGAUCCCAGGUUUGUGCAAUGCAACGUCAAAUACCUAAAAUCAGUGUUCCUUGCUGUAUAUUCCACAAUUCAGCUCACUAACAGAAGAAACUCGAUGGUUGGAUCGCCAAGACAGGAGUAUAUCACAUUAAAAGCAUUGCAUCGUUCACAGGAUUUGAGACUGUGACCACACUUGUAGAAAGGACGGAUACUUUUGUACACUGCAAAAACUGAAGUCUUACCAAGAUUGGAUCCAUGAAAUGAAGCUAGAAAUGGUUUUAUUUAUUUUGACCAGGUGCUUGUUAGCCCAGCACAGUAAUAGUGGUGAGGACCAAACUGCUCAUUCAGCAUUAACCAGACCCUUUGCCAAGUAUAAAAAUGAUAUAUUAUAGCAGGGGUGUCCAAAGUGCAGCCCGGGGGCCAUUUGCGGCCCGCAGGUAAUUUUUUAGCGGCCCCACGGCACAUUCUAAAAAUAUGAUGAAAAAAAACAUAAAAAGUGGUAUAAAAGAGCAAACAGGUGAAAUGUAACAAGAAAAUGUUGCAUUAUUUACUCUAAUAACACAAAGCUGCCAUGCAGGCUGUUUUAUUUCUUUAAAAAAUAAUAAUGAAUCAAAAUCAAUGUCAUUAUGAAUUAUUGACCUAUUCAAGGCUCCAUUUACUUCACAUUAAAUAUUCCACUUUGAGAUAUUUUUUGGGGGAAAAUGUUGUAUAUUUUUUGGUUGCCAUUUAAAAAACAAAGUUUUUUAAAGAAGGGCCUAAAAAGAACAAACAAAAGACAUAAACAACAAUAAAACGUAUAAUUGACGGAUAGAUCUGAAGUUGAUCUUGAGACUAUUGUGGUAAAAGUUUAAAAAAAUGUUGGAUUUAUUUUUUUAAACUUUACUGAGCAGUACCCUUUUGGAUCCCCAAUCAUUUAAGUGGGACUAUUUUUUUUUUAAGUGUCAUUGCUCAAAAAAAUAAUGAAUUAAAAUCAAUGUUGUUGUGAGUUAUUGACCUUUUUAAGACUCCAAUUAUUAUAUAAUCUCAAAUAUUCCACUUUAAAAUUUUAUCAGGGGAAAAUAUUGCAUAUUUUGUGUUUUUUUGCAUUAAAAAACACGGGUUUCCUUGACAAAAAUGGCAUACAACUUAAAUCUUUAAAAGCAUUAUAUUGACUGAUAAACCUAAUGUUGAUCUAGAGAUUUAAACCUUGAAUAAUAAUAAUAAUAAUAAUACUGAAUAAUGACACAUUUGUAAUAUUUUUUUGGACCAAAACCUUUUGGGGUCCCCGGGAUCAAGUCUGAGUGGAGGCCUAAAUGUAUCUUUUUUAUCCAUAUAUUGUAUUGGUUUUUAAAAUAAAAAAAUAUCAAAAUGGCCCCCACUUGCUUUGAUUUUUCAGUGUGCGGCCCUCAGUGGAAAAAGUUUGGACACCCCUGUAUUAUAGCAUCUGGGUAAUGUAGUAUAUAAACAUUUAUUUCCUAGUUUACAUGUAUUUAUCAAUCUUUUUAUCCAAUUAAGAACAGAUUGUCUUCAGCAAUGCCGACCGAGCAAAGAGGCAGCAUUUACAUGUUAGAGAAGUUGAAGUGUGAUGAUAAUCUCUCGUCGUCGCUUAUUCACAAAUGCUCUUUAAGUGCGGGGGUAAAUUUGUUGGAUUGUAAAUGAAUGUUUUAGAUCAGG